AGUGUGUGUCCCCCCCCGGCCUGCCCCCAUGUUCCCGCGGGGAUCCCGGAGGCGCCGCUCAAGUCGUGGGGCGGCGGAGGCCGAGGAUCCGGACCGAGGGCAGCCAUGCAACGCCUGCGGGGAGCAGUGCCCCGGAUUCCUGCUGCACGGCUGGAGGAAGAUCUGCCAGCACUGCAAGUGUCCCCGGGGAGACCACGCGGUGAGCGGCCUGCCCGUGGACCUGGAGCGCAUGAUGUGCCGGCUCAUCUCGGACUUCCAGCGCCACUCCAUCUCCGACGACGACUCGGGCUGUGCCUCGGAGGAGUACGCCUGGGUGCCCCCGGGCCUCAAGCCGGAGCAGGUGUACCAGUUCUUCAGCUGCCUCCCCGAGGACAAGGUGCCCUACGUGAACAGCCCCGGGGAGAAAUACCGCAUCAAACAGCUGCUGCAUCAGCUGCCCCCACAUGACAGUGAGGCCCAGUACUGCAACUCUUUGGAGGAGGAGGAGAAGCGGGAACUGCGGCUCUUCAGCCAGCAGAGGAAGAGAGAAAAUCUGGGCCGAGGCACAGUCCGACUCUUCCCCGUCACCAUCACUGGGGCCAUCUGUGAGCAGUGCGGGAAGCAGAUCCGAGGCGGGGACAUCGCCGUGUUCGCCAGCCGGGCAGGGCACGGGGCUUGCUGGCAUCCCCAGUGCUUCGUGUGCAGCAGCUGCCAGGAGCUGCUCGUGGACCUCAUCUACUUCUACCAGGGGGGCAAGAUCUACUGCGGCCGCCACCACGCCGAGCGCCUCAAGCCGCGCUGCCAGGCCUGCGACGAGAUCAUCUUCGCGGCCGAGUGCACGGAGGCCGAGGGCCGCCACUGGCACAUGCGUCACUUCUGCUGCUUCGAGUGCGAAGAGGCGCUGGGCGGGCAGCGCUACAUCAUGCGGGAGAGCCGCCCGCACUGCUGCGCCUGCUACGAGGCGCGGCACGCGGAGUACUGCGACAGCUGCGGGGAACACAUAGGCAUCGACCAGGGCCAGAUGACGUACGAAGGCCAGCACUGGCACGCCUCUGCCCGCUGCUUCAGCUGCAGCCGCUGCGGCCGCCCGCUCCUGGGCCUGCCCUUCCUGCCCAAGCAGGGGCAGAUCUUCUGCUCCCGCGCCUGCGGCCUAGGCCACGAGCCCGGAGCCUCCGACUCGGCCGACUCGGCCCUGCAAGGCCCCCGGGACCCCCAGCCGGACGCCCAACCGGACCCCCGGCCCCGGGCCCGCUCAGGGUCCCUGGGCGGGGCGGAGGGUGGCCCUGCUGGCCGGCCCUGCUGGGCCCAGCGUCGAGGGGCCCCCGGCCCCCCGUUCCAGCGCGGCGGACCCCACCGCCGCUCCCUGCCGGAGCUGGAGCUGAGGAGCGGAGAGGGGCCGGGCCCGACCCCCGACGCCCCCGGCCCUGGGCCCUUCGCCCGCCAGGCCGCCCCCCCGGAUUCCUCUUCUUCGUCUUCGUCGUCGUCCUCCUCGGACUCGGGCGAGGAGGGCUACUUUUUGGGCGAGCCGAUCCCGCUGCCCCCGUCCCUGCGCCCGGCGCCCGCCCAGGAGAAGGGGCAGGGGCAGGGGCAGGGGCAAGGCCGGGCCCGGGCCCGCCAGAAGAGCUGCACCAUGGCCUGAGCCCCGCGAGGCCCCCACGCUUUUCAUUA